UUUUGACAUGACGAUCAGUGUUCCUGAUCACGCCUUACAAGCCGAGUCACACAAUGGUCUUUCUGAUCAACGCUUUACUGUUCAUUUAAAGCGCGUUUAAUUUCGAUAUCUCUGUUAAGAGGUUGUUAAGGAUGUGAAAGCCCAUCGCUGAGGAAAAAGUGAUGGAGAGGAUCUGGCAUGGCUGGUGCUGUCACACAGGUGCUUCAUAAACUGAGAAGCAUUGGAUCCAGCCGCUCACAUCCAAACCCAUCUUAUGGCCUCCAUCUACCCGCCCUCAUUAGAGGACUCACCUGAGGUGAAGGAGGGCUUCCUGUGUCCUCUCUGUUUGAAGGACCUCCAGUCGUUCUACCAACUACAAGGCCACUAUGAAGACGAACACUCUGGUGACAACCGGCACGUUGGUGGUCAGCUGAAAAGCCUGGUGCAAAAGGCAAAGAAAGCCACAGACAAGCUGUUAAAGCGGGAUGGAGAUGAGCGGACAGACAGCAGUUAUGAAUCGUUUUAUUAUGGAGGAGUGGACCCCUACAUGUGGGAGCCGCAGGAGCUCGGAGCCACCCGCAGUCACUUGGAUUUUUUCAAGAAGCAAAGAGCUGCAAGAAUUGAUCAUUAUGUUAUUGAAGUCAACAAAUCCAUUAUACGACUGGAAAAGCUUACAUCCUUUGACAGAACCAACAUGGAUGCAGCGCAAAUAAGAUCACUUGAGAAGUCGGUGGUAUCGUGGGUGAAUGAUCAGGAUGUGCCAUUUUGCCCUGAUUGUGGGGGCAAAUUCAAUAUCCGCAACCGCCGCCACCAUUGCAGACUCUGUGGGUCCAUUAUGUGCAGAAAGUGCACAGAGUUUAUUCCUCUGCCACUGGCAUAUAAAUUAACUAGUGGGACCAGGGAGGCCGUGUGGGCUCCAGGCCAGAGUGGGUCUCCUGGAUCUGCAGACCCAGUGAUGCAGCACACCUCUCGCCGUGGCUCUAUUAACAGCAUCUCAUCUGUCACAUCUGUGUUGGAGGAGAAAGAUGAGGACCGUGUACGUUGUUGCCAUCACUGCAUGGAGGCACUACUCCGGCAGCAGCACAAACUGGAGGAAAAAGACCACGUGCCUGAUAUCGUCAAACUCUACGAGAGGUUAAGGACGUGUAUGGAGAAAGUUGAAGCUAAGGCUCCAGAGUACACGCGCAUGGCAGAGUCUCUCAAUGCUGGGGAGACAACCUGUAAUCUAGAGAGUGCUGCUGCACUAAGGAUGGAGAUACAGAAAUACUAUGAGCUCAUUGACGUUCUGAGUAAGAAGAUACUCACACUCGGACUAAAAGAUGAGGUCCAGCCUCACCCCAAAGCCCUGCAGCUGCAAAGGAUGGUGCGCUACACAGCUACACUUUUUAUUCAGGAGAAACUGUUAGGUCUGACGUCGCUCCCCACCAAGGAGAAAUAUGAGGAGCUUAAAAAGAAGAGAAGAGAGGAGCAGGAGAAAAAGGCUCAGCAGGAGAGACAGGCAGGUCUGGAGGCACAAAAACGUAGAAUGGAAAAUGAUCAUGACCGAGUGGCCUUCGGUGCAAAUGAAAAUGUUUCCGGUCCACGCAUUACCAAAGCUGGUGGCUGGCUGCCACAAUCAGACACUCUUCAUACUCACUCUGAGCUGGAUGACCCUCUCCUGCAACAGAUCAAAAACAUAGAGUCGUUCUUACGGCAGGCACGCUUUGCAAACCGCACUGAUGAAGUGGCCAUGCUGGAGGAAAAUCUGCGGCAGCUGCAGGAUGAGUUUGACGCUCAGCAGACCAGUCGAGCCAUGCAGCUUUCACAGAGGUUACAGCAGAAACAAAUCGAACAUCUGCAGCAAAGAGAGCUCGAGAACAGGAACCAAUCAAAAAACCCCACCUUGGAUUUCAGAGAACGAGAAAAUGUUCUGAAAAGAGAAGAGGUCGAAGGUGACUUUGAAGAGACAGGGCUUCCAAUCAAAUCUUCUCCUAAGUCUUUAUCACUUCUAUUAGGAAACUCUCCUCCCUUAGAGAGGCUAAGAGAUAAACAUACACCAACUCCACCCACCAGAAACCCCUUUGAUGAGGAGCAUUUCUCUCCUGAUAAGGAAGAACCAACAAACUCUCAGACCGCAAAUUUAAGGAAAGUGUACAACCCGUUUGAGGAAGAAAAUGAUGAAGUGGAAGAUACAGAUACAGCUAAAGUAAAGUCACCUAGAAAUCCAUUUGAAGAUGAAGAUUAUGAAGAUGGAGGUAACCCUUUUAAAGAGGCUUCUGAUGAGAUUCCAGCUGCCUCAACCAAUCCAUUUGAUGAAGAAGUUGAUGAAGAUGGCACAGCAGUUGAUGACACGAUUGAGGAAGAGCUACUUCUACAACAGAUCGAUAAUAUCCGGUCAUAUAUCUUUGACGCCAAGCUAAACGGACGUUCUGAUGAAGUGGAGCUUUUGUCUGAGAACCUAAAGGAGCUGCAACAAACACUACAAGAGCAGGAAAAUAAAAAAUAGUGGCCAUCACAAACUCGUUUUGUAAUUGAUAGGGCUUGUUUUCGGUUACAAAUAACAAUGUAAGCAUUACACAAAAAUAUAAAACAGAUAUUCUAUGCAAGAAUGCAUAGAAGUAGGACAGUUCAUGAUCAGAACAACUGAACAUCUUUUUCAUUUCUUUAAAUUUGUAAUUGAAUAAUAAAAAUAAAAUACAGUGAGUCUUGGCAUUGCUAAAUACUCAAAUAUUUUUUACUUACAUUAUGUAGUUUCAAGUCAAAUAAAUAGGUAGGUUUUAUAAGUGGUUGAAAUAUCUGAAGUACAUAAUUUUCUGUUCAGCAAAGUCAGUAUUUCAUCCUCAUAUCUACUUUGAUUCAGAAUACAUUUUGCUCUAGAAUUUUAACUUUAGGAUGUUUAACCAGCACUUUACUAAAUGGAAACACUGAUUUCCUGUGAUUCUAUCUUUGAAACAUCAAAGGGAUAGUUCACUCAAACAUGAAAAAGUUUUUUCACUAAUUACUCGCCGUUCCAAACCAUUGUAUUUUAUUUUCACUUUGGAAAAGGAAGGGAAAGAAUGUUUCAACUAUGUUUGUCCAUACAAUUUAAGUUGAUGCUGUCAAAAACAAUAUCUGAAAUCUGAUUCAGCAAAUCUGUAAUACUAAACCGAUUGUUCACCCAAGAAUCAAUAAUUAUGUUUUUUUUUUUUUUUGGGGCUUGUACAAUGAAAACGAUGUCUGUUUUGGAGUUUGUAUAAAUUGUUUUAUCCACUUAGAAGUACUUAUUUUCUGUUGCAUCUAAAUGACAUAGCAAUUAUACAAAUACAUCAAAUGUUAUGGAAACCAGUGUAGGCAUAAAGUUAGUGAAGUGACGUGACAUAUGGCCAAGUAUGGUGACCCAUACUCAGAAUUCGUGCUCUGCUUUUAACCCAUCCAAAGUGCACACACUCAGCAGUGAACACACACACACCGUGAACACAAACCCGGAGCAGUUGGCAUUAGUAAAUAUAAUUGCCUGCUGUGUCUCUAAAUAGCUUUGCAAAAACUGUACCAUUUGUAUGUAAAAUCUCCUGGAUUUUUCUAGCAUGUUUUAUCAGUCCUACAAAAAGACAUCAAAACUGGUGACUUCUAUCUUCUAUUGACUCAAGACUUUCCUGUACAGAGAACAGACUGGCUGAAUGUAAUGCUUUUUGUUAAGGUUUUUUUUUUAAUUAAUAAAAUUCACUGAAUGAAAA